GUUUGACUUGCUCGCUCAACACGCGACUUGACUCUGAUACUGCAGCGGAAUAGGAGCGUUGCCAAGGUCGGUAUAAUUGAGUCUUUGAAACUAAUACUGCCAAUGACUAUCUUUGUCUGCAGCUUCACUCGGCAUGUAUAAGUAGACCAGGUCUCGACCCCUUGGUUGUCACUCUUCAUCAUCAUCAUCAUCAAAAUACUCGCCACUUCAGACUCUUUCUUACAAGUCGCAAAUAUGUCGUCGAAACUGAAGGAGUAUCUUCAUGUUGACUACAAGCCCGGAGAGAGACGUCUUGUUCAAAAGAUUGACUUUUUCAUCUUGACCUUUUGUUGUUUGAGUUACUUUGUCAACUACCUUGACCGAAAUAACAUCAACAAUGCCUACGUGUCUGGAAUGAAGGAGGACCUUGGGUUCGAGGGCGACCAGCUGAACCAGAUCUUUACUUGCUUCACAGUUGGCUAUGUCAUCGGCCAGGUUCCCUCCAACCUCUCCCUCCAAUACAUCAAGCCUCGCAUCUGGUUCCCUCUCAUGAUGGUUCUCUGGGGCGGUCUCACCAUGGCCACCGCUUCCGUUCAGAGCCCCAAGUCCAUCAUGGCAAUUCGCUUCUUCCAGGGCAUCUGCGAAGCGUCAACCUUUGUCGGCACACACUAUAUUCUCGGAUCUUGGUAUACAGAGAGAGAACUGGGCAAGCGAAGUGGUAUCUUUACUGCUUCUGGCCUGGCGGGAACUAUGAUUGGAGGAUUCAUCCAGACGGGUAUUCACUCAAGUAUGGAUGGUCGAAAUGGAUUGACCGGUUGGCGAUGGCUUUUCAUUAUCGAUGGCCUCAUUACCAUCCCCGUUGCUAUCUACGGCUUCUUUCUAUUCCCCGAUACACCGCAUACGACCACCGCCUUUUACCUCUCCGAAGAGGAGCGAGCCCUAGCUAGAUCGCGUGUUCCUCCCGCUGAAGAACGACCCAAGCUUACCUUUGGCUAUGGAAAGAUGGUUCUCACAUCUUGGCUCUGGUGGGGAUUCGUUAUUCUCUGGAUCAUCGCCGGUGAGACCGAGUCUUUCAGCACCAACGCCCUCUUCGCUCUCUUCCUCCAAAACCACCCGACCAAAACAUACACUGUCGCCCAGAAGAACAACUAUCCCAGUGGUGUGCCAGCCGUUGGUAUUAUAUCUACGCUGUUUUGGGCAACAUUGACCGACUUCCUGUCUGGAAAGCGAUAUCUUGUUGGGUACUUCAUUGGCAUCACUGGAAUCGCCACAGCUAUCAUGGUCUUGGUUGCUUCCAAGGACCCUACGAACCCACAUUCUACCACGGUUGUCUUCGCAGCUUACUACUGGGCCGGUUCUGUCUACGCGUGCCAGGCUACCUUCUUCGCUUGGUGCAACGAUGUCAUGCGUCACGAAUCAGCCAUGUUCCGUGGUAUCGUGUUGGCUGGCAUGAACACGGGCAGCAAUACCAUCAAUGCUUGGUGGAGUAUCGUCUUCUAUGGUGCCUCAAUGGCUCCGUGGUUCAUUCGAGGCAUGUGGGCAAUGAUUGCUGUUAGCAUCGCCAUGAUCAUCUGGUGUACGGCUUUGACUUACAAGUGUCACAAGUAUAUGACCAAUGUGGUCAUUGCUUGCGAGAGAGAAAGCCUGGAACAUGAGAAGCAGGUUGUCGGAAAGGAGGAUGCUUGAGUGAUGUGUUCUGUAUUAUCUUGCAUUCUUGAUGAUGGAUUGUCUAGCGUUCUUUGCAAUGGGAGUUAGUUGAUAUACUUGAAGCACGUUUGUGCAACUUGGUUGCUCACAUUGAUUUGCCAUUUCAU